CUUUCUCCCCGUGUCCUGUAGGUGGCGGCGUUGGAGGGUAACAUGGGAGAGACGGGUCAGAAGUAUGCCCUGGAGAUGGAGCGCCUGCAGGCCACGCUGACCCAGCUGGAGGACGACCUCUCCCAGCUGCGUCUGGACAUGCAGCGCAACAAGACCGACUACGAGCAGCUGCUCCGCAUCAAACAGAACCUGGAGAUGGAGAUCGCCACCUACAGGAGGCUGCUGGAAGGGGAGGAGAUGAUCAAGGAGGUCCCUCCCCCUAAGAAGGAGCCGGACGUGCGCACCAGGAAGAUCGUAAAGGUGGUCACCCAAACCAUGAUCAACGGCAAGGUGGUGGACGAGUCCAGCGAGGUGGAGCACAUCGAGGAGCCGAAGAAGUGAGGGCGGGAGGCAUCCUCAUCAGCUUCACAUCCUCAUCAUCCUCAUCAGCUUCACAUCCUCAUCAUCCUCAUCAGCUUCACAUCCUCAUCAUCCUCAUCAGCUUCACAUCCUCAUCAUCGUUAGCAGCAAACACAUCCUUGUCCUCCCCCAUAUCUUCAUCAUCAAAAAUGUAUUUUGUAUAUUCAUCAUCAUCGUUAUCCUCAUCCUCACUGGUGCUAGUGCUUUUCCAGCAGGAAAACAUCAGUGUUUGUCAUUAAACAGGCUCUGUUUACCGUUCUGGUCAGUUCUCUGACCUCCACAUGGGAUUUCUUUGAUCUUUUUUUAUCCUUGUAUUCUUUUACCCAUUUCAAUACCGAGUUGGUGUUAUAUUUACAUGUAUGUUGUUAGUGUAGAGACCUGUCACAGAAAUCUCUGUCCCCCGCAAGUUAGGAGCUAGUCUAGAAGUGUUUCCCUGUCAAAGACAAAUCUGCUUCUGAUAUUCUGUAGUGUUCAAUCCUGUAUUGCUCCAUGUAUGUCAUUGAAGGUCCAUUCUCUGGCUUGCUGGAGCUUUUGGGAGUUACAGGAAAGACAGGCACCCUUCUACUGUUUUACAAGGAGCCUGGUUUUGACUUUUUGCAUUAAUAUAUUUAUUUCUCAUCUUGGUAAGUAGGUAAAUAGGUCUCUGUCUUUGGUAAUGAAUUUGAAUUUUCAUAUUUCGUCCUUCAAUGUGUGUUUGUAAACUUGUAACAAGGUUUGAAAUAAAGGUGAAUGAUGCUAAAACAAA